UUCUUAAGCUUCCAAGCUGCAACAAUGGCGACUGUGAUGCAAAAAAUCAAGGAUAUCGAAGAUGAGAUGGCGAGAACUCAAAAGAACAAGGCUACUGCCCAUCAUUUGGGUUUGCUCAAGAAUUUGAAGCUGAAAACAAUAACAGGACAAUGCAAAUUUAGCAAGGGGUUGUUAUUAUGAACUUAAGUUCAUUUUUGGCUGUUGUAUGCUGUUGUACGAACUUCUUCUAAAUUGCAAUGGGGAGCCUUUGGUUGAGGCUAAACUUGCAAAGCUGCGAAGAGAACUCCUUGAGCCUGCAUCAAAAGGAGGUGGUCCUGCUGGUCAAGGUUUUGAUGUUACUAAAAGUGGAGAUGCCAGAGUUGGUUUAGUAGGCUUUCCUUCAGUUGGGAAAUCAACAUUGCUAAAUAAAUUAACUGGGACAUUUUCUGAGGUUGCUUCCUAUGAAUUUACUACUUUGACUUGCAUCCCAGGUGUUAUCAUGUAUAGAGGAGCUAAAAUUCAGUUGUUAGAUCUUCCUGGUAUCAUUGAGGGUGCUAAGGAUGGGAAGGGUCGAGGCAGGCAGGUUAUCAGUACUGCUAGGACAUGCAAUUGUAUCUUAAUUGUUCUUGAUGCAAUAAAGCCAAUCACUCACAAGCGUCUGAUAGAGAAAGAACUCGAGGGAUUUGGCAUAAGAUUAAACAAGGAACCGCCUAAUCUAACAUUCAGGAAGAAGGACAAGGGUGGAAUUAAUUUUGUCUCCACAGUUGCCAACACACACCUUGAUCUUGAUACUGUAAAGGCAAUAUGUAAUGAAUACAGAAUUCAUAAUGCCGAUAUUACUCUGAAGUAUGAUGCAACUGCAGAUGACCUUAUAGAUGUCAUUGAGGGCAGCAGGAUAUAUAUGCCCUGCAUCUACGCAGUAAACAAGAUUGAUCAAAUUACUCUUGAAGAGUUGGAGAUUUUGGACAAACUUCCUCACUACUGCCCAAUCAGUGCUCACUUGGAGUGGAACCUUGAUGGGUUGCUGGAGAAGAUAUGGGAAUAUCUAGAUUUGACUCGCAUAUAUACAAAACCUAAAGGACUGAAUCCAGACUAUGAAGAUCCUGUGAUUCUGUCAUCUAAAAGGCGGACAGUUGAAGAUUUUUGUAAUCGAAUCCAUAAGGAUAUGGUUAAGCAAUUUAAAUACGCUCUGGUUUGGGGAUCAAGUGCGAAACACAAACCCCAGAGAGUCGGCAAGGAACAUGAACUUGAGGAUGAAGAUGUAGUGCAGAUUAUAAAAAAAGUGUGAUAAAUUUAAGUAAAGUUGUACGAGUCUUUUGAGUUCUGAGCAUUGCGUUAAAGAUUACACCAUUUUUGGGCAUCAUGAGUGCAAUGGAGAAGGAAAGGUGAGUUGGUGAGUUUAAAUGCUUCAUAUGUAAUUAAGCACUUGUUUUUGUGUGAUGUGAGUGUGUGUGUUUGGCAUGUUAUGGAUGAUUGCAUAUGGGAUUGAACAAAGAUAAUUAGUUGGACUAAUCUUCAGCAUUUAUUGAACACAAUGGAUCAUUUGCCUCA